AUGAUGAUUAGUGAUCUUCAUAAUAGUAAAGCUACUUGUGUUUUCUUUAAAGCUCCUAUUCAUAAUGAAACUAUGAAAAGUUCAUUAAAACAUCGUCGAGAUUCUUCAUCAUCAAAUGAUGAAAAUGAACCAUCAGCUUCAACAUUUCGUUCUACACAAACAAAACCAAAAGAUCUCGUAACAACAAGCAAGAAUUAUGUAUCAAAUAAACGUCAUAAACAAUAUAAUGGAUAUGAUGAUGAUGAAGAUGAAGAUAAUAAUACAAAAGAAAAAUUACUUGAUGUUAAAUUUAAAUCUAAUCGACAAGCAAAAUUACAUGGUCCAAAAGAUAUGGGUGCAACGGCUACAACUGAAAUUGAUACUGAUAAACAACAUGAUCAACAAGCUAUAUUUGAACGUGCAAAAGAAAUUAAUGAAAAAUUAAAAGGAAAAGAAGAUGAUAAAAUAUAUCGUGGUAUAAAUAAUUAUCAACAAUUUUAUGAGAAAAAAGAUACUGUACAAGGAAAUGCAAGCAGUGGUCUUGUUCGUAAUAAAGGUCCAAUACGUGCACCUGCUCAUCUUCGUGUAUCUAUUCGUUGGGAUUAUCAACCUGAUAUUUGUAAAGAUUAUAAAGAAACAGGUUAUUGUGGUUUUGGUGAUAGUUGUAAAUUUUUACAUGAUCGUUCGGAUUAUAAAUAUGGAUGGCAGCUUGAGGAAGAAUGGAAUAAACAAACUUAUGGAGCUGUAGAUGAUACAAGUAAAAAAUAUAUUGUUGAUGAUAAUCAUGGUAGUCAUAAACAUUGUUCAAGUGCAUUCUAUAGUUGCUCAUCAGAAAGAAAACGUCGUAUUCAUCGCCAUCAACAUCAACAUGACAUUGAAUGCGACGAAGAAAUUUAA